AUGGCGCUGGGCCGGAACGAUGCGGAGGAUCAAGAGGCCGCCUCUGGUUCGCCCGAAGAGCGAUCCAGAUCCACAUGGGCACAGGUGGUGUCGGGGGCGGAGCAGAAUGACUGCGAUCCCGGCGGUGAUCGCCGCGCGGGUUACGCUCGAAACCAGUGGACUACUGAAGAGGAACAAAACUUUGGUACCAGCACUGGAGAGCGGCAUUCUCCUCGAUCCCGCCCUUCUGUACCGCCCAGCAAGGCUGUUCACGAGGGAUAUGAAAGGAGUGAAGAUGGUAGACAGGGAAACCACAAGCAAGGCCAUUGGAAUGACAACGAUAACAAUGAUGGUUGGCAAACUGUGGGAAAAAAGACUCCAAAGCGCACCACCCAUAAGGUCCAAAUGAAUCACUGGCAAGAAUACAAACGCCCUGUUAGUGAGCAAGAAUUCUCUAAUGGGGUUGAAUAUGGUGACAACCUCCAGCCCUCAGAGGAAGAGCUUGCUAACCUUUCAGAAGCUUGCAGUAAACUUUGGGAACUUGAUUUAAACCGUUUAGAACCUGGGAAGGACUAUCAGAUUGACUGUGGUGAAGGGAAGAAGGUUUUCCAUAAGGAAGACAUGGCAGAAGGAAGUCUGUUCUCCUGGCUGAGUGAGGACAUAUUCAGGAGGCCUACUUUUUCUCGUUUCUGCUCUCUUCUAGAUAAUUAUAAUCCAAAGGCAGGGUGUAAAGAAGUUGUUACACCUCAAGAGCUCCAAGAGCAAGCAGCAUUUAUGGAAGAAAUCAGUAGAACUGCACCAAUCAAAUAUCUUCACAAGUAUCUGUCAUCCAAGGGCAUUGUGCCUGAGAAUUAUCAAGACUUUAAGAGAACGUUGACUGGUCUCUGGUUUGAUCUUUAUGGCCGUGGUGGUACAUCGAGUUGCUCUUCUGCAUUUGAACAUGUUUUUGUUGGGGAAAUCAAGCAUUGUGGUGAGCAAGAAGUUUCAGGCUUUCAUAACUGGCUUCAGUUUUAUUUGGAAGAAGCAAAGGGAAGGGUUGAUUAUCAAGGUUAUAUUUUCCCUCGUAGACGCGGGCAGAUACCUGACUCAGACACUCAGCUGCUUACAAUUCAGUUUGAAUGGAACGGUGUGCUGAAAUCUGUGUCAAGCACGUUGAUUGGGGUGAGCCCUGAGUUUGAGAUUGCGCUCUACACAUUGUGUUUCUAUGUGGGUGGGGAGGACAACCAUGUUCAGCUGGGUCCGUACCCUGUCAAUAUCAAGUGCUAUCGCUUAGCCAACAAUAUUGGGAGCGCAUUCCCUGUUGCAGAGAGCUAGCUGAUGAUUCAAAGUUAAAGCAGCUCCUCCACUUACAAUGUUACUUCUAAACAUGCAGCUAGCUAGCUGAUGAAUGUGUGGUACAAUGGCUGUCAAGAUCGAUAAAAAUGUUUAGAGAUCUAGAAUUCAUGCCAUCAAUCUCAUUUAAACCUAGUGAUUGUUGUGAUAAUUGAUGAUCAUGUAUGAGGAACAUUAUUAGUUAAUAUGUGAGCUCCCAUGUCGUAGACAUAGAAGUAGGAGUUUCUCAAAUGCAUAUGACAUGAUAAACAUAAGUUCAUGUUUAUCUGUGUAUGAGAAGACUUUUAAUAAUUAAUCAAUCCAUAACAUUAAAUCUA